AUGUCUAUCCAGGUCAAAGCACGACCAGAUGCACCAGCUGUUCAUGCCCACGACGAGCAGUGGACGUUCCAGGAAGUGGACGAACUCUCAUCUGUUCUGGCUCGUCACCUGGUGAUGCUCGGGGCCAAGAAGGGGAUGAAAAUCCCUCUUGUGUUUGAGAAAUCGGGUUGGUUUAUCAUUGCUCUGAUCGCUGUUUCCAAGGCAUCAGCAGCUUUUGUCCCUGUAGACCCCUCCCAGCCCGUAUUCCGGCUGAAGGAGAUCAUGGAAGAUGUGAAGCCGAAGUUCCUAUUGUCGUCAAGUCACUACUCCGCUCUGCUUGCGGAAUCUGCGGAGACAACAGUGGUAGUCUCGAGGGAGUCUGUCGUGAAGAUACAAACACAAGACGAUACUGCUAUUGUGCUUCCUUAUGUUUCACCUCGGGACGAAGCAUACGUUAUGUACACAAGUGGAUCGACAGGGAAGCCAAAGGGUGCUGUGAUUCACCAUGGAGGCUACCUAUCAGCUUUGCUCCUAUGGACACCAAACCUCGGCCCUGGGUCACGGAUGCUGCAAAAUUCCUCUUAUGCCUGGUCAGUGUGUAUUAUCGAGGUAAUGACCAGUCUGUGGGCAGGAGCAUGUCUCUGCAUCCCCAGCGAGUUUAGCAAGCAAAACGGCCUGACCCAGGUCUUCGAGGACAUGCAUAUCACCUAUGCAAUCUUGUCGCCUUCGAUCAGCAAAACCAUCAGGAGGGAUGAGGUCAAGCAUUUGGAGACUGUCGUCUUGUGUGGCGAACCCGUUUCGCCAGAGUCGGUGGCUAAGUGGGCCUCGGAAAAGACAACCGUAUGGGUCCACUGGGCUGCUACGGAAUGUUUGUCUCUCGCUCGACCCGACCCCUUUACGGCAGAAUCCGAUGUUCGGAAUCUGGGUCGGUGCUCAGCGGUCUGUCGGGUUGUCGAAGUUGGCAACCCCGACAAGCAGGUCCCGAUCGGGAGCGUUGGUGAGAUCGUCGUCCACGCGCCCUGGAUCGCAAGCUGCUAUCUCAACAACGCAGACCGGACCGCCGCCACAUUUCUGGAUCGCCCCGACUGGCUCGACGGGAAGCCAUCCAGCUACGGGUCCCGCUGGUACCGGGUGGGAGACCUGGUUCGUCAAAACUCAGACGGCAGUCUGGUCUUGGCCGGGAGAGGCGACAACAUGGUGAAGGUCCGCGGACAGCGAUUCGAUAUGUCGGAAGUGGAAAGGGCUCUCGGGAUCGAUCCUCGAGUGCAUAACUCCUUGCCGAUUAUUGCGCGAGAGGGCCUGUGCAAACAUCGGCUAGCUGCCGUGAUUGCGCUGCAGGAUUUCUCAUCGACGGACCCAUGCUCGGAAGAGCUCAUCCUCCUGGAAGGUGCCGAGUUGCAAGAGGCUGCGGCAUGGACCACUGGGUUCCGCGAAGAGUUGGCUCAGCGCAUUCCUAGCUUCAUGAUCCCAACCAUCUGGGUAUUGGUCAAGCAGUUCCCCCUUACUAUCACGGGAAAGAUAGACCGGGUCUUGAUGAAGCGAUUUGUUGAGAAGAUGGAUGUUGAGACCUUCGAACAUGUCUGCUCUUUAGGGAUUACUCCUGAGCCUCCUGUUACAGAGAUGGAGGAGCGGCUUCAAGGGGUGUGGAGUGAGGUUUUGAAGCUUCCGCGGAAGAAAAUAGGUCGAAAUCAGUCUUUCAUUAGUCUCGGAGGAGACUCCAUCCUAGGUAUGAUUGUCGCUGCUCGCUGCAACGACAUCAACCUACAACUUCGCGUUCAAGAUAUCUUGAAAUAUGGGACUAUAGCCGAGCUUGCAACGCGCACUACGACCAAGCCAACUACCAAAGCUCGGGAUGCUGUUCAUGCUAGCAAGUAUGACGAUCUGCGGAAAUCCAUCAUCGGAAAGCUACAACAAGUGGGCGUGUGGAAUAUCGCGGAGGUAGAAGACGCCUAUCCAACGAGCCCCAUGCAACAAGGCAUGCUUCUUAGCAAAGCCAGGCUGAGCGGCGACUAUAAUACUUCCACGAUUUACGAGGUCCUGCCAAAACGAGACUCCCAUGUUCCAAACCCGCAGUUGCUCACGACUGCCUGGCAAAAAUUAGUGAACCGCUAUUCAAUUCUUCGUACAUUCUUCGUGGAGAGCGUUUCGCAAAGCGGCUCAUAUGAUCAAGUCGUUCUGCGGAACUGGGAUGCCAAGCCAUCGACCACAAUUUGGCAAGACGUUGAUGCGGUCUCGAAUGAAGAUGUGAUACAAUUUUUCAACAGCCAUUUACCACCGCCAUACGUGACCCAUCAGCCUCCGCAUAAUUUUACAGUUGUGCUGACCCAAUCUAGACGUCUGUUCUGUAGGCUCAACGCCGAGCAUACAUUAGUAGACGGCAUGUCACUCGCGGUCAUUGCUCGUGACAUUGUAUUGGCAUAUGACGGAGUCCUCCAACCCGACGAGAAAUAUCCAUACUCGGCAUAUAUAGCCCCCCUUCAGCAAGUCGCGUGCAGCAUCGACAACAAAUACUGGAAGUCGUACCUGCAGGGAAUGAAUCCAUGCCUGCUUCCCAACCUUUCAUAUAGCCUCUCUCGGGACCCAACCCAGCCCGGAUCUCGUCACGUCGCCGUGGAAAUCACCAGUUCUCAACAGCUUCUCAAAUUCUGUCAGAGCCAAGAGCUCACGAUCUCGGCUCUGUUUAGAGCUGUAUGGGGCUUGAUCUUACGUGCGUACACGGGCUUGGAUGAAGUUGCUUUCGGAUACAUUACCAGUGGUCGAGAUAUCCCCAUUCCAGGGGUCGCCGAGAUGGUUGGGACAUUGAUCAAUAUGCUUGUGUGCCGGAUGGAUCUGACGACAACGAGCUUCGUCAAGGAUGUCAUCUCCAAGGCGCAGACGGACUAUGAGAACAGUCUCCCGCACCAGCAUGCAUCCCUAGCACAGAUACAGCAUGUUCUCGGGCUCUAUGGGCAGCAGUUAUUCAACACCUCCAUGACGGUACUCAAGGAUGUUCCUCUACAAUAUGGAGAGAGCCCUAGCAUUGCUCUGGCGAACAUUCACGAGUGGUCACCGAACGAGUAUGACCUAGACGUACAAUGCUGGGUUUCCAAGACGGAUGUCAAAAUGGAGCUGCGGUACCGUGCUGAAAAGAUCUCAACGGAGCAUGCCCGCAACAUUGCAUCAACAUUCAGCAAAGCUCUUGACGCCAUAACAGAUGACCCCGAACAAAGAAUCGGGCAACUUGAUCUAUUCAGCGACCACCAUAGACGUCAAAUUUGGGAGUGGAACUCGAGAUAUCCGGACACUAUCGAUACCUGCCUCCACGACAUGGUUAGCGCUCGCGUCGCAGAGAGGCCAGAUGAAAUAGUGGUUGACUCGUGGGAGCGCAAGAUGACAUGGCGUCAGCUUGAAGAAGAUUCUGACCGACUGGCUCAUCAUUUAAUCUCUCUUGGUGUGGGCCCCGAGGUUCAUGUACUGCUAUGCUUUGAAAAAUCGGCAUUGGCUAUCGUCGCCAUGGUGUCCGUCCUUAAGGCGGGAGGCAUAUGUGUUUCAAUAGACCCAACACAUCCGGUACAGCGCCUCCAACGUAUUAUCAAAGAUACCCUGCCUUUAUGUUGCUUGAUAUCAGUACUACACAGCAAACUAUUCGAAGAUGAGGGUCUUCGUGGGCGGGUACCACGCGUCCUAUCUGUAGAUCAAUCAUUUGUUGAUUCGUCCCUACUGUCAAGUUCUGGAAAGCCCCAAUCCACAGUAGGACCUUCCAACGCAGCUUUCGUCCUCUUUACCUCAGGAUCUACUGGAGUCCCGAAAGGUAUGGUGCACACACACACCACAAUCGCCUCUUCUCUCCACGCCCACGGCGAUGUGUUGGAAAUUGGACCCGGAGCUCGGACUUUGCAGUUCUCGGCGUUUGUGUUCGACAUCAGCAUCACCGAGAUCUUCACGACACUUACCCGAGGAGGUGUGCUCUGUAUCCCGUCUGAGCAUGAGCGGAUGAACGACUUGGCGUCGGCUUUCACACGUAUGAGUGUGAACUGGGCUCAUCUUACCCCGACUGUGGCCUCCUUGCUGGAUCCCACGAAAGUGCCGACCUUGAAGCACAUGACCUUGGCCGGAGAACCGCUAAAGAAGAUUAAUGUUACGGAGUGGGCGCCACGCAUCGAACUCAUCAACCUUUAUGGGCCUGCAGAAUGUGCUUUGGCUACAACUUUGCGUAGGGGAUUGGUGAAAGAUGACCGAGUCGACAACAUUGGGAGGGCAUAUGGCCUCCUAGUGUGGCUUGUAGACGCACAAAAUCCCGACAAACUCGUGCCUGUCGGGGCUGUGGGAGAGAUUCUCUGCGAAGGCCCAAAUGUCGCACGCGAGUACCUGAAAGAUAAAGAAAGAACUCUGGCAUCGUUCAUAGAGAACCCGGCUUGGCUCCAAAGCGAGAAGACGAUACCACCACGCCGCUUCUACCGCACCGGAGAUUUGGCUCGAUACAACGGCGACGGAUCGAUCCAGAUCCUAGGCCGGAUAGACACGCAAGUCAAGCUCCACGGCCAACGCGUAGAGCUGGGCGAGAUCGAGUACCAGGUCAAAGUCAAACUAUCGCCCCACAAACUGGUAAACAUGGCAGUCGCGUACGCAAAGUCUGCCGCGCACCCAGGUGGUGGGCUCCUGGCGGCUUUCCUCGAGCUCGAAGAGAAAGCCGAGGGAGACGAGGACCAGCUCAUGUUGAGCAUCUCUCGAAAUCUGCGCAGGGUUCUCGUCGGUCUGGAUACGUAUCUUGCCGAGAAUCUGCCAUCCUACAUGGUACCGUCGAUUUACGUCCCGCUGAAUGCCAUGCCGCUGCUUACUGCGGGUAAGAUUGACCGUGGCAAGCUGACCAGGAUCCUCAAGAGCCUCUCGCCCGAUCAGAUGGCGCUGUAUUCUUUGUCUGAAUUCCAGGCAGAGAAGGUGAUGCCCCGGACGCGAAUGGAGAGGAUGUUGCAGAAGCUCUGGGCGAAAUUACUGAACAUCGAGGAGCGCUCCAUUGGCGUCGAUGACAAUUUCUUCCAGCUUGGAGCCGAUAGCGUGGUGGCAAUGAAGCUAGCAUCAGCUGGGAGAGAGAACGGAGUCAUUGUGACGGUUGCAAACAUAUUCCAAAACCCAAGGCUAUCCGACUUGGCCGCGAUUGCGAAACCUCACAGUGAAAGAGUGUUACAGGAGCUUGAAACUCGAUACAAAAUUCAAAGGCGAGCGGUGCAAGAGAUGUAUCCAGCAACUCCCCUUCAGGAGGGUCUCCUGAUCCUCUCCAACAGGCAGCCUGGGACCUAUGUCGUCCAGCAUGUCUUAUCACUGAAUUCUGAUGUCGAUGUUUCACGAUUGCGUACGGCUUGGGAGAGCGUUCAUAGUCGAAAUGCAAUCCUCCGGACACGAAUCGUGCAUGUGGAAAGAACCAUCGGCUCCAUGCAGGUUGUUCUUGACGAGGCAAUCCAAUGGAAGGCUGGGGUAUCACUAGAUGAUUACCUCGAAGACGACAGGAAGCAGAAGAUGGACUACGGAGAAGUCCUCUCCCGGUACGCCAUCAUCGAGGGUGCCACUCACGGGCCCCGAUAUUUCGUCUGGACAGCCCAUCAUUCUAUAUUCGACAGCUGGUCUGCCUCAUCACUCUUCUCGGAAGUGGCUUCAGCGUACCAAUCGCUUGAUGUGGGAUCUUGGGAGACUUCUCCGUCUGACACGACUUUCAAAGCCUUUUCCGAGCAGAUCUUCAACAUGGAUGUCUCUGCAGCUGAGGCCUUCUGGCGCGAUCAGUUCUCCGAUCUGCCGUUCUCGCCAUUCCCAAAGCUUCCGGCGGGUCACCGGCCUCUGGCAAAAAAGUCUUUGGACUACUCAAUUAAAUUCUCUGAAACAAUUGCCGAUGCCCCGGUUUUACUCCGUGCAGCCUGGGCAUUGCUAUUGUCGCAGUAUUCCGACACCCACGAUAACGUCGUGUUCGGGAUGACUAUUGACGGACGAGGAGAGCUCGGGGCAAAUCAGAUUCUCGGGCCAACGUUUGCAUCAGUUCCGGUUAAAGUCUCGAUCAAUGCUCAAUCCACCAUCGAUCAUUUCCUGUCUCGGCUACGAGAUCAAGAGAGGAGCAUGGAACCGUGGCAGAACUUUGGACUGCAGAACAUCAAAGACCUCAGUGCUGAUGCAGCAAAGGCAUGCGACUUUCAAACGUUGCUGGCAAUCCACCCUCAAAGUCGAACAUCCGGGGCAGGGGUGUUGUUCAAUUCGGUCACAACGCGAGAUGCUCCAUCAACGUACUUGCUGAUUUUGGAAUGUCAGCUGACCGAAAAUGGCGUUGACUUGAAGGCACAAUAUGAUCCAGAGGUCAUAUCGGCAUCGCAGAUUCAGAGAUUGCUAUACCAGAUGGACUAUAUUGUUGGCCAAUUGAUCACGGGAGGUAACAGCGCCAAGCAGAUCAAAGACAUUAAAUAUUGCAGCCCGCAGGAUGUGAAAGAUAUUUCUUCGUGGAACCACGACGUGCCCGCUCCUCUGCAAAUCUGCAUCCACGACGUUAUUUCAUCCCACGCAGGCCUCAGCCCGAAUGCACCUGCUGUUGUCUCCCGGGACGAGGACUUGACAUAUCGAGAGCUUGACUCCCUAUCAACAAACCUGGCUCACUAUCUGGUGGCUCAUUUUGGGAUUGGGCCAGAAUCGUUGGUACCAUUGUGCUUUACUAAAUCGGUCUGGACUGUUGUUGCCCAACUGGCAGUUUUGAAGGCUGGGGGAGCUUACGUGCCGAUGGACCCUACACAUCCAGUCUCGCGUCUUCAGGAGAUUUUGGACGCGACAAAGGCGCAGGUCAUCCUCUGCUCGCCUGAAUACGAGGCUCUGAGCCAAUCUAUGUCAGAGAGAGCAUGUGUGGUUAGCAGGAAGACGGUAGAAAUGUGCAAAGAAAGGGAGGGGCCCGCUUGCCGAACUGUGUCAUCUGAUAACAGCUGCUACAUCAUAUUCACGUCCGGCUCGACGGGAAAGCCAAAGGGUGUACAAAUGACGCACUCUGGAUUUGCGACCGCUGCUACAGCGCAGGGGAAGCGUAUCAAUCUGAAUUCCGGGUCCCGAGUCAUCCACUUCUCCUCCUACGCAUUUGAAGCCUGCAUCCUGGAGAUCCUCACGACGUUAUUCAACGGCGGUUGUGUCUGCGUCGCCCCGGAACCCGAGAGACUUGAGGAAAUCGCCAAGACAAUGAGGGAGCUCCGCGUCAACUGGGCUUUCUUCACCCCUUCGUUUAUACGCACCAUACACCCCGAUCAGGUCCCCGACUUGGAGACCUUGGUCCUGGGUGGCGAGGCACUCGGGGCGGAUAACAUUGAUGUUUGGGUGGACCGCGUCUACCUUGUCAAUGGGUAUGGCCCAAGCGAGACUUGUGUUUUCUCGGUUAUCAACGAGCAUAUCCGCAGAGGACAUACGACCCCCGACAUGAUUGGGGGUGCCAUUGGGGGUGCUUGCUGGAUUGUAGAUCCCGACGAUCAUACGAAACUUGUUCCUUUAGGUGCCGUUGGGGAGCUCCUGAUCGAAGGCCCGACACUCGCUUGUGGCUAUCUGGAUGACCCAGUAAGAACGAACGAGGUAUUUGUUGAUAAUGCGGCCCUUGUCCAACAGCUCAGCUCAAUCAAUGGAGCCUCCACGAAUGGCUCUAGAUUGAACGGAAAUCCGCAUGGGGCCAAUGGUGCAAACAGGCACGGCUCAGAAGAUAAUGGGAUAAGCGGAAAGCCAGCAUCAGCGAAGGCAAAUGGGCACGUGCAAAAAUCUCACAGGAUGUACAAGACUGGUGAUCUCGUUCGCUACGAUACAUCUGGAACAGUGGAUGGAACAAUACGAUUUGUGGGAAGAAAAGAUCAGCAAGUGAAGGUCCGUGGACAGCGAAUGGAAUUGGGCGACAUCGAACAUCAUCUGAAGAUCAAUUUUGAAACCAUCCGGCAUGUUGCUGUCGAACAGGUGACCAUUCGCGGCCGAGAUAGUCGAUACCUGGCAGCAUUCUUCUCUCUCUACGGACAGAGUUCCAAGCCCCAACAAAGUCCCACGACCUUAUCAAUGUCGGCCGGCCUCAAGAAAUCGAUCAUGAAAGCAGAGGCAGCACUGGUGGAAACUCUACCCUCCUACAUGGUUCCAAAUCUGUACGUCCCUCUUUCAGCCAUGCCGCUCCUGUCUUCUGGCAAAACGAACAGGCGAGAACUGCACCACAUGUCUCUUCAGCUGUCAGAGAGUGCCAUCCAGCAGUAUUCCCUUGCAGAUGACCAGAAGCGACUUCCCAUCACAGACACAGAGGUGAAGCUGGCCAGUCUCUGGGCACGACUACUUCGCCUGGGCGAUCAAGCAGUUCUGGGGCUCGAUGAUGGCUUUUUCAGACUGGGAGGGGACUCGAUUGGCGCCAUGCAUCUGACAACUCUUGCGCGUGACCACGGGAUCCUCCUCACCGUCGCGAAGAUCUUCCAGUAUCCCCGCCUAGAAGACAUGGCCGCUGCGGCGUUGACGUCGCGCGACGUGGUUGAGCAGAAACUGGAGCCCUUUGCCCUGCUCCAGAAGGUCGGAGACACAGACACGACAUUGCGAAAAUUGUACGAGAGGUAUCAGCUACCACCCGGAACAAUCGAAGAUGCAUUCCCGACGUCCGCCCUCCAGGAAGGGCUCUUCGUCCUCUCUAUCAAGCAGCCCGGAUCAUACAUGAGUCAGAUCACUCUGACCCUCCAACCGGCCGUCGAUAUCGAUCAUUUCAAGCACGUCUGGCAGAAGACUGCCGAUCGAAACUCAAUCCUCCGCACCCGGAUCGCGCAUACCGGGACGCAGUCCAUCCAGUUCAUCGUUCGCGAGCGCAUCUGCUGGCGCUCUGGCUCUGAUCUGAAGACCUACCUCGUGCAGGACAAGACGACUCCAAUGGAUCACGGUGGUCCGCUGGUCCGAUACGCCAUCAUCGUCGAUUCCGAGGACGAACGCCACUUUGUCCUCACGGCUCACCACUCGCUCUACGACGGCUGGUCUCUGAUGCUCAUCAUGGAAGACUUCAACCACCUCUACAACAAAAACGGUCGUCACCUGAAGAAAGAAGCAGCAGCCCCCCCACCCUACGCCAGUUUCAUCAAGCAUCUGAUGACCUCUGAUGUGGAAGCGUCAAAGUCGUUUUGGCAGUCUCGCUUUUCGGGAAGGUCGCUGUCGAGCUUUCCCGAGCCCAGGACGGUGACUCAGGCACCGGUAGAGACACAGAUCUCCCAGUUCGCGGAGAUCAAGCGGCCUGCGGGAUCUGAUAUUACGCUAUCGACCGUCAUUAGAGCAGCUUGGGGCCUCGUCACCGCUAGAUAUGCAGACACCGAGGAUGUGUUCUUUGGAGCAAUUUCGACUGGUCGCAAUGCAUCACUGUCGUAUAUCGAGCGUAUGACUGGCCCGACUAUAACGACGGUGCCGAUAUGCAUCUCGAUCGAUGGUGCUGAGGCCGUUGUCCAGUAUUUGCAGAGGGUACAGGACCAGGCGACGGACAUGAUACCAUUCGAGCACACCGGCCUUCAGGUCAUCAAGACGUUUGGACCUGAAGCCGAGAAAGUCUGCGGUUUCCAAAAUCUGUUGGUCAUUCAGCCUGAGGGAUCCGAAGAUAUGAGUAGCGAGAUCUGGAAAGAGAGCGUUCUGUUUGCUAAGGGGGAGAUGGUUACGAUGACAUACGCCCUCAUCGUCGAAUGCAGACUUUAUAAACAUAAGAUCAGGAUUACUGCGCAGUACCGGGAGCACAUCACUCCUACCCGUCAAAUGCAGCGGAUGCUCGACCAAUUUGAACAGGUCCUGCACCAACUGAAUGAUGCGGCUCCAGAUGGUCAGAAAAUAAGUGAUAUUGAGAUUGUCAGCAAGAAGGAUAAAAUGGAGCUUCUGGAAUGGAGUAAGGGUACCGAGUAUCCAGCUGUGGAUGAGUGCAUCCAUCACAUAAUCGAACGACAAGCUCUCCGACAGCCUACCUCGCUAGCGAUUGAGGCGUGGGAUGGGAGCUUCACAUAUGAAGAGCUCGACACAAUGUCAACUAAUCUUGCUCAACACUUAAAAUUUCUCGGCAUCGGCCGCGACAUUUUCGUUCCCCUAUGCUUCGAAAAGUCAGCCUGGACAAUUGUAGCCAUACUAGGUGUGCUGAAGGCGGGAGGUGGCUAUCUUGCCCUUGAUCCCAAGCAUCCAAAGAAUCGGAAGGACCACAUAAUCCGAGAUGUGUCGGCCAAGGUCAUCCUUACCGGGAGCCAAUACCGAGAUGAUUUCGACUCUGCGGAAUUCAUUGUCCUCGCCGUCGAUCAAACCUUCAUGGAGAGUCUCCCUCCAGUCCCAGACUCGGCUUGCAGUCCAGGGAAAUCGACAGACGCUGCGUUUGUUGUUUUCACAUCAGGCUCGACUGGCGUCCCCAAGGGGAUCGUCAUGGACCACGGCCCCUUCGUCAGCAGCGCAAUCGAACAUUCUAAAGCGCUCCAUAUCAAUGCCGAGUCUCGUGUCAUGCAAUUCGCAGCUUAUACUUACGAUGUCAGCAUGGGUGAGAUCUUGACGACGCUGAUGCAGGGUGGAUGCGUAUGUGUACCGACCGAGGAGGACCGAAUGGGAAAUCUGGCAGCCGCUAUCAAUGCUCUCAGAGUCAAUUGGAUCUUCUUGACGCCGACCGUUGCCGCCUUCCUCAAGCCUAACGAUGUGCCGGGCUUGAAAGUUCUCGUUCUCGGAGGGGAGCAUGCAACAGUGGACAACAUCAAUACGUGGGCCGAGCAUGUCAAUCUGAUCAAUUCGUAUGGCCCUGCCGAAUGCGCAAUUUGGUGCUGUCGCGCACCAAAUGUAUCUCUUGGAGCAGACCCUGCUAGUCUCGGUUACCCAGUUGGGGCGCACUUAUGGAUCACUGAUGCCACAGAUCCCGACAAGCUUACUCCUAUAGGAUGCACCGGUGAGCUUCUUGUCGAAGGCCCGACACUUGCGCGCGAAUACCUCAACGAUGCUGCGAAGACAAGAGCGGCUUUUAUCGAAGACCCAAAGUGGUCAGUUGAUGGAUCCGGGAGGCACAGGCGUUUCUACCGCACUGGCGAUCUUGUCCGCUACUCAACAACUGGGGAUAUCUUGUUCGUCGGACGCCGAGAUACCCAAGCGAAACUGCAUGGACAACGGAUUGAACUGGGUGAAAUUGAGCAGGGUUUGACGAAGUGUUGUCCGUCCGAAUGGUUCCCAGUCGUCGACAUUCUCCGGUUCCCCGAGGGCAGGAGAGAUGUAACCCUGGCGGCGUUCUUUUAUGUCAGGGGUACUUCAACAACAAAUUGCUCUCCCGGCAAUAUUACUCUGGCCAUGAGCGGGUCUCUGAGUGACGCUUUCGACAAGAUAAGAUCGGAUCUAGAGCAAAUAUUGCCGGGCCACAUGAUCCCGAAUGCUUUUAUCCCAGUCAGUCAAUUGCCGCUGACGGCGGGGGGAAAGGUGGACAGAAAGGCUCUGAGAGCAGUUGGCGAAAGCCUCACCGAUCAGCAACUGCUCUCAUACCUUUCAAGCGGCCAGACAGUUGUCAGAAUUCCCUCCACCGAGAUGGAGAGAAAGCUUCAAAUGUUGUGGUCGAAGGUUCUCAAUAUCACCCCUGGUUCGAUCGGAGCGGACUCCAACUUCCUACGACUUGGAGGCGAUUCGGUAGCCGCCAUGCGUCUUUCAGCUGCUGCAAGGGAGAUCGAGCUACUCUUAACUAUCAAAUCUGUUUUUACGUCGCCCAGGUUGGAGGACAUGGCAAAGACCGCCCAGGAAGUCUCGAAUCCCAAUGGCGCUACAUCAUAUGCGCCUUUCUCGACUCUUUCAGUAUCGGACGUGCCGAAUUUUCUAGAUACGAUCGUGCGUCCCCAACUCGCCAAGGAUCUGGGUGAGAUCGAGGAUGUACUCGAGGCCACGGAUUAUCAAAAGUGGACACAGGGCUGUGGACAAUUGCAAACUCGGGGGUACAAUAACUACUUCAUACUGCAUUUCAAGGGCCCUCUGGAUCUGGAUAGGCUUCAAGCUGCCUGCCAGAAACUUCUCCAGCACCAUCCAGUGCUACGGACAGUCUUUUUAACGCACAAAGAGAGGCUUUUACAGGUCGUUUUACGGCACUUAGUUCCCGACCUUGAGCGCCACCAGUAUGAAGAUACUCAGGGAGUUCCACAAUCAUUGCUCGAACAGGAUCUGAAGCUUCCAGUUGAAUUUGGGGCCCCGAUCACCCGUCUGUUGUUGACAGAGCAAGGUCAAGACGGCUACCGGCUGUUCAUACGGAUUUCGCACUCGCUCUAUGACGGUAUCUCCCUACCGAUAAUUGUUCGGGACCUGAAAGCUGCCUAUCUCGGAGAAAGCUUUUCAAGAAGCUCACCAUUUCAUCGAUUCGUCUCGGGCACUUUGCAGGUAAUGAGAGCCUCAGAUGCAGAGUCUUUCUGGCGAUCAAUGCUCGAAGGCUCCUCCAUGACCCGUCUCGUAGACCACAAGAGGCCCACAUACAGCAACGCAAUCAGCAAGUCUAUAAAACGUACCGUGUCUGCACCCGACACGCGGACUACAGGCAUCACAUUCGCUUCCAUCGUCAAGGCUGCAUGGUCUCUCGUCCUCGCCCAGCUAUCUGCCAGCUCAGACGUAACCUUUGGCCAGAUAACGACCGGCCGAAGCGCCCCGAUCCAAGGCAUCGAUGAGAUCGUCGGCCCGUGUAUGAAUCUCGUUCCCGUCCGAGUGAAGCUCGAUCCAGCCGCGACACCGUCGUCCCUCCUCCAGCAAGUCCAGAGUCAACACCUUGACAUGCUCCCGUUCGAGUCGCUCGGGAUGCACCACAUCGUCGGGAAGUGUACUUCGUGGCCCAAAUGGACCCGCUUCAGCUCCAUCGUCCAGCACACGAACUUCAACGUCGGCAUGGACGACGCCUUUGAGCCGUGGGGCGCAGAUGUUGUGAUGCGACUGGGCAGCUAUACCCCGGAUCACGACGUUAGCGACUGCUGGAUCUGGACCAAUCCUACCGCCGGCAACGGCGCUAAUAAUAACAGCAAAAAUAAUUUCUUCGACGUCGACUUCACGUAUUCCAAAAAUACGAUCCCGGACGCCCUCGCUCAAGACAUGCUUGACCUUCUUUGCGGCAAUAUCGCGACGCUGGCGGAUCCAGAUCACCACCACCACUCAGAGACCUCUCCCUGGCCACUCCUGCAUCUCGAAACUCGAGUACAGCCUCCUCUCCUCCCACUCCCACUGCCGCUGCGGCUGCGGCUCCCACUCUCACCAACCACAAACCCCAUCCCUACUCCUGAUUCUAAUUCUCCUCUACCCCUCAUCAUCACCACCUCGCCACCACAUCUCAGCCUCGUGCAGCGAGCCUGGUCCACCGUCUUCUCUAGCUGCAAUCUUACGGACGUCAACACCGCUUUUUACGAGCUAAGAAGCGAUCAUCUCCUCGCUGCCGCUCAGCUGGCGAAGGCUUUGCGGGAACAGCUAUCCGAAUCUGCUGGCAUUCGUCCGAUGUUGUCGCCGUUGUUGUUGAUGUUGUUGUCUCCGGAGGAGAUGAUUGAGAAUCCGACGAUAGGGAUGCAGGCUGCUCUGAUUUCGAGGCUCGACAAUUAG